AAAACUAUGAUUCCAAUUGGCCUUUUCAGCUGAAGUUCACUUAUUUAUAUUUUCAUGUGAUACAGUCAUGUUUUGCAAGUUAGUUUAAAAUUGUUGUCGGUGUUUUUAUACACUAGAGAUGGGCGAGACCCAAAACUAUUAUGGGUUGUUCCUGCUGCAAGAAUUGCAACAAAAAUGGUUGUUCCUGCUGCUGCUGCAAGAAUAGCAAGGGAGAAACUAAGCAUGAAGCUGAACUCAGAGAACUCAUACAUUAUGGAAGAGUGGUGAUUUUUUCAAAGACCGUCUGCCCAUUUUGUGAUGAUGCAAAAAAAAUGUUUCGCUUGAUGAAUUCAGAUUAUGCAGCAAUGGAGUUAGACGAUCUUUCACCAAACCAUGGUCUCAUUAAAGCCCUUAAGGCUAAAACUGGAUAUACCACUGUUCCACAGGUAUUCAUUGAUGGUCGAUUUGUCGGUGGUUUAUGCGACUUAAAAGCCUUAAAAAACUCUGGUGAAUUGCAAAAACUUCUUUGCCAGGUCAACCCUGCCUGCAUAACUACAAAGUCUAUGAGGACCAAUACAGGAUGCUCUCCGAUUUACCCAAAAACUGACGAAGGUCCAUGCAGAAAUAAUUGUAGCGCUGUAACUUCUACAAAACGAAUCCGAAAGAAAGCCGACAGAUGCCAAGACCCCUAUGAAGUUCUUGGAAAAAUGGGUAAUCGAUAUCCACCAGGGUGUAAAGUAUGCUCUUCAAUAUAAAAUCUCUACCAUCA